AAAAAAAGUACCGCUGAAGAUAUUUGCAAAAUCUUUCCUACUGCUUUCCCGCUGUCGUGACGAUGAUGACUUCUCCUGGACCCGAUUCCAGUCGACCUUCGAACGAAACGACAUUCAGUUCCUACAAUCAGACACAAGGCAAAAUAUACGCUCUAAACCGACGGAACUAUCACCCAAGUGUGUACCACACUAUCCUUGAUCGUCAUGUUUCUACCGGGGGACAGUUUGGGACCCUCCUCGAUGUGGGCUGUGGUCCCGGUACGGCAACAGUUCGCCUGGCUCGAGAGUUCCUACAUGCAAUCGGGCUAGACCCUUCUGAAGGCAUGAUUGCAACUGCUCGGUCCCUAGAAUGUAUCACCUCAAUGUCUGAGCCGGUGCGGUUCGAGAUAUCUACUGCGGAAGACCUGGGAUCAACUCUCUCCCCACCAGUCGGGGACUCGAGCGUCGACCUUAUUGUUGCUGCAAACGCGGCACAUUGGUUUGAUAUCCCAAGGUUUUGGGAAAGGGCUGGUCGUAUGCUGAAGCCUGGCGGAACUGUCGCUCUUUGGACUAGUGGUGAGAUCCGCAUUCACCCAUCUAUGCCGAAUGCGGUGGCGAUCCAAGCUGCCAUGGACGAGAUCGAGGAGCAGGAGCUAAAGCCAUUCUUUCUGCCUGGCAAUCUCUUGACUAGAGAUUGUUAUACCAGCCUGCCGCUUCCAUGGGACCUUGACCAGCCUAUCCCCUGUUUUGACCGGUCGUCUUUCUUCCGUAAAGACUGGGGCCUAAGCGACAGUUUCUUUCUUGGGAACUCAGAGGUGGACUUGGAUACAUUUGAGAAAAUGAUGGCGACCGCCAGUCCUGUGGUUCGAUGGCGUCAGGCCCAUCCAGCAGAUGCAGGGACCGAACGUGAUGUGCUGAAAAUGUUCCGGGGGCAGAUUGAACGACUCCUGCGGGAGGCCGGCGUACAGCAAGGGAAGGAAAUGGUAAAGGGAACCGCCCGCGGAGCCUUGAUCAUGGUCAAGAAAUCAAUUGGAAUAUAAUUCGAUGUGCUUUUUCUUUUUACAAUGCCAAAAACCAUUGGACGGGACUGUUACUGCUAACCUCGUUCCCCUUCACUUCUUGAUAUUUUAGUAUUUAAGGCCCCAUGACAUGUAAAGAAUGCUAUAUCUUCUUCCACGACAUGCAUGUAUCCUGGAG